CUGAGAGAGGUAGAGAGAGGAGGCAGAGAGAGCUUCUGGUACCCAACUCUGAGACAGACGCGUGGGCGAGGCUGACUGUGCUGUGGCUCCCUCACAGGGUUUCUUACAAACAUCCCUGUGAUCCCAAAUCUCCUUAGCUAUAGGCUUACCUGCUCUGCCCCUGGAUAUAAGGGUCAUUCCACCCAACAUGCCAGGAAGGCUUUCUUGGUUCCUUUUCCUCUUGAUGGGGAGUCUCUCCUGGAGCCCUUCAAGCUCUCCAGCUUCGUUGAAGACCCUCAAAUUCACAGAUCCAAAGGCUUCUCCUGAAGCAGUGGAGACAUCCGGUGGAGUCUAUGAGGUCAAGAGAAGCCAGCAGCUAGACUGGUGGCAUGCCUACACCUUCUGUGACCAGCGUUUUGCCCAGCUGGCUCUGGAACUCCCACAUGAGGCUCUGCCUGAGCUACUUCAAGGACAAGUACAAGGUCCCAUCUGGGUGGGUCAGAAAACAGCUUUGCUACAGAGACCCCAGCAAAGGCGUACACACAUGCUGCCCAGCCUGGUAUUUGAGAUGCAGACAGCCACAAAGUAUGCCAGGCUACUAGUGGAUUUUCCCAUGCUGACUGCCAUCACAGUCUGUGCCCAUAUACAGUGGAACUCAGCUGUGGACAAGGUGGGCACCAUUUUCUCAUAUGCUGCCCCAGCCUUUGCCAAUGAGCUUCAGCUUCGUGGCUUCACUGCCCACAAUGGACUGGUUCACUUGGCCCUGGUUGUCCAUGGGUACCAUUCUCCCUAUCUGCCCGUCUUUUCUGCGGAUGAGAAGUGGCACCAUAUUUGUGCCACCUGGGAGGAAAGGAGUGGUCACUGGGCCCUCGUGGCCGAUGGCAAACUGCAGGCAGGAGCCCAGAGCCUGUCCCCAGCCCAACCCUUGGCUCCGGGAGGCAUGUUUGUCAUUGGGCAGGACCAGGACUCCUUGGGUGGUGGCUUCAAGGAAGAAGAGGCCUUCGGGGGCAACAUUACAAGUCUUUAUGUAUGGGCCCGAGUGCUAGGCCCGGAGCAGCUGGAUAUGGCCCGAGUAUGUGAGACUCCUGAAGAUGGGCUUCUUUUUGGCUGGGAUCGCUGGACCCUGGAGAUCGAACCCACAGUCCAUGAGGUCGUGUUGCCUUUCACAUGCCCUGUGGCCCUAGAAGAGUGCCCAACUUUGGAUGCUGGCAGUGGAACACUGAGUUCUGAGCGGUGUCUACAAUCUCUUCCUUUCCUCUGCUAUUACAGGCCAGAGGCAUAUCAGCGACUGAAAGAUAUCCAGGAAACAUCUGAUGGGGAGUUUAUCAGCCGGGUCAAUGCUCUGGCUAAUGCUACCAUGGUGAGCCCCCCCAAAACUCAGGGAACCCCAAGAACCUCACUUAUAGGGGGCAAGGGGAGAUUUGGCUUCUCUUCACAGCUUUCCAGAAAUAUUUUUCAAGAAGAUAUUGGGUCUCUGAGUGUCCCUGAGGCUACUCGCUUCUUGGGGAUCCUGGAACAGACCCUGGCAGCAGAGGAGACCCCCUUGCAGCCAGCUGAUCUGCUUGCUGUCGUGAGCUUCCUGAAGAGGGUUGUUGCCAUCGGGGUCAGAGAUCAAGAUCCCUAUGGGCAGCAGGAACAUCUCAGCCAGAGCUUCUUGGCAGUGGUUGGCCUGCUCUUGGAGGAACAAACCAAAGCCCAGUGGUUGGAGAUGAAAGAGAUCAUUAGAAGUCCCAUGGUCCUUGUAGAGAGUGUAGAGCGUCUUGCCAUCAGCCUGAGCCUGCUCCUCACAUCUGAGAGAGCCAACAUCUCUAUCCAGAAGGGGUCCAUUGGCAUCAAAGUACGAAGCCUGAACCUGAGAGACUUGGCCAGUGGUGAUUUAUUAGAGAUUCCAGGAAGGCCAGAAUAUAUCCAAGUACCCUUUGAGGAAGUGAGAAGACUUCAAGGGAUAGGUCUCUCCAAAGUCACUGUGAUCAACACCUGGUUUGCGUACAGUGCCCUCCAGCACACCUUGGGGUGGGAAGGGCAGGAAAGUGACAAGGUCCUCACUCAAGAUGGCUCCAAAGCUGAUGAAAGGCAAAAGUACCUAAGCACCCAGGUAGGGUCAGCCAUCAUCUCAUCCACAAUUCUGGGACACCUCCAGGAGAUCAGCACAGCUGUUCAUUACCAUCUUCUACACCAGGCCCAGGGGUUUUCAGAUAAACUCGUGGAGCCUGUCUGUGCCUUCUGGAAUUUCAGCACCAGCCCUGAAGGGGCUGGAGGCUCCUGGUCCACCAAAGGAUGUUCAGUGAUUGCUCAGCACCAAGAAUCUACAUCCUGUUUCUGCAACCAUAGCACCAACUUUGCCAUCCUCUUACAGGUGUAUGAUCUCCAGAGGAGCUCUGAGGAGGAGUCUGUGCUGAAAACCCUUUCUUUCAUUGGCUGCGGCGUGUCUUUUUGUGCCCUCAUCACCACCUUCAUCCUUUUCCUGGCUGUUGGGCUCCCACAGUCUGAAAGGACCACCGUUCACAAGAACCUUAUCUUUGCUCUAGCAGCUGCUGAAGCCCUUCUCAUGUUCAGCGAAUGGGCAAAAGCCAAGAAGGUGAUGUGCAUGGUACUGACAGCCCUCCUGCACCUCUUCUUCAUGGCUGCCUUCACCUGGAUGCUGGUGGAGGGCCUCCUGCUAUGGAGUAAGGUCGUAGCUGUCAACAUGAGAGAGGGCCAGAGGAUGAAAUUUUACUACGUGAUAGGCUGGGGUCUCCCAGUGGUCAUUGUAGGUAUCACUCUGGCUUCUUCCUUUGAUGGCUACAUGGCUGAUCACCACUGCUGGCUGAGCUUGCGGAAUGGGGUCAUCUGGGCCUUUGCAGGACCUGUCCUUUUUGUACUGACUGUGAAUACCUUCAUCUUGUUCCGAGUGGUGAUAAUCACUGUGUCCAGUGCCCGGCGACGUUCCAGGAUGCUGAGCCCCCAACAUAGCCUGGAGAGGCAGAUUGGAGUCCAGAUAUGGGCAACAGUGAAGCCUGUGUUAGUGCUGCUGCCAGUUCUGGGCCUGACGUGGCUGGGCAGCAUGCUGGCCCACCUCAGCAUGGCCUGGGCAUAUGUGUCCAUCAUCCUCAACUCUUUCCAGGGGCUGUACAUCUUCCUGGUCUACGCCGUCUACAACAACGAGGUUAGACAAGCCAUACAGAGGAUGAAAGAGAAAAAGAAAGCUCUCUUGUUCACACCUUGGGACUCCAGCUUUCUUGGAGCUAUCCUGAGGACAGACUCAAGGCUUUGUGGCUUACAGAACUGUUCCCGGCCAAUAAACUACUCAAGAAACCCCAUGAACGCUGCUUCCUGGGAGAUGAAGAAAGGAAAUCCUCCUGGCCUCACCCGCAGCCCCUCUGCAGCAGCCCCAGCCCCUCUCCAAAGGGACAUCGCCCACCAAGGCAGUUUUGGUGCCAAAAUCCCAGUGGGCAUUUCAUCCAUCGUGUCACUGGAAAAAUCAAAGGAGAAACGGAGGCCCAGAGAGGAAGAAGGUCACAGGAGGAGACCAGCAGUGGAGCUGACAGCAUUCAAAUCUUCAGGUAGGAGAUGGAAAGUGGAAGGAGUAAAAGCAUUACUGGGGCUGGGGGCUGGAGAGAAACUGGCCCAGGACCCAAGCUCAGAAGGGAGCAAAGGGCUCUGCCCAGGAGCUUAGGGACAGCUCUGGAAAUUCUGGGGUGAUUCAGAAAGGUAACUAUCUCGGAGGGAGCUGCUCCAGUUUAUCCCCCGCCCCCCCCCACUCAGUUCCUGCUCCAGGGCUGCCUCCCCUAGAGAACUUCAUGUCACAGAUUUCACCAUUAGAUCUUCAUUCCUUUGGCCCCUUGCUUUGUCACCUGAAAGAGAGUGCUUACAUGGUCAGCCCAGUCUGGUCCUCAGGCAGGAUGGAGGGUCCUGAUUAGUCCCUUUCCAGACAGUAGGGUUUGGGGGCAGGGGAGCUUUUUGUGAGAAAGGCAAGGAGAAGACAGGACACUGGGCACCUUGGGGCUGGACGAGUGGGAGGGGAAAUGGGCCUGAAGCGGGGUUGGAGGUGAAAGCCGAGGGAAAAGAGGCUGAACUUGAAGAAGAUAAACAAAGCAGUUGGAGUCUGGCUGCCUCAGCCCCACCUUGCCCCCUCUCUGUCUCUGGGGCUCUUCCCUCCUCUCCCUAUUCUCUCCUCCCACAAAAGCAGGAGGCCCCCUCCCACCUCCCACCUCACCACCAAAUGCAGGACCUCCCUACACACAGGAGACACCUCCUCCCCUUCAGCCCCUGCCCCUCAAAAUUCAGAGGUCCCCUCUCUCUCCUCGAACCUCCCCAUCUACACCCCACUGAAAAGCAGAAGAUCCUUUCUCCCUUCACUCGGUGCCCCCUCCCCAGCCUCCCCCAUGGCCGAAGGCAGGAGCUCAGUCUCCUUGGGCUGACACAAGAACCACUUAUCCACCUGCUCCCACUUUUCCUUUCUUGGGCUUCCCCCUCCCCCUUCCUCUGGUAGCCCCUGAAUCCGAGGUGCCCCAGAUGGAGGGGGCUCUUUGGAGCUGGUGACCUGGAAUCCUGUUGCCUCUCCCCACCAAAAACGAUGACUCUCUUCUGUUGGGGAGGGCUGGGGCUGGGCCCCCUCUGAGGGAGAUGGAAGUCAGGGCGCAGGUUGGGGGUCAAGGUAGAAGCCUAACAUAGCCCUGCGCGCCCCGUAGCUCUGCUUGCACCUGUUUGCCCACCGUAUAUACGUCACAUGUGUGUGUCGUGGGCUCUGUCUGCGAUACACAUACAUACAUACAUGCAUAGAUGUAUACAGAUAUAUAAUUAUCCUUCCAGUCAUCCAUGCCCCCCCAACCCCCACCCCAGGUUAACUAAACAAGCGCACGUCCUAGAUAAAUCUGGAGAAUUUACUAUCCUGAGCCAUUCAGUGUAGCAAGGUCACCAUCAUUUAUCUCCCCGGGAAUUGUCAACUUCUGAGAAGAGCUCGUGCACUUUCCCCCCUCACCCCCUUCCCCUGAGCCUGCCCCAGGGACAAAGGGAGGGAGAAGAGAAAGGAGGCAGUCCCAGAAUGGCAGCCCCCCCCCCCCCCCGCUGGAGACACCCUCUCACCACGGUCCUUUAUUUGUACCUAAAAGCAGAAACGUGGGACCCAUUCAUUAUUGGGCACCUACGAUGCACAGAGCUGGGCACUGGGGCUUGGAGGAGGUCCCAGAACUAAAGAAGUUUCCAUGAAAAUCAGAUAAGGCUUCAUGGAAAAACUUUUUUAAAUUCUGUGUCACAGUGUUGACAUCUAAAGUAAAGAACCUAGAAUGUGAGAGCUGAGAGGAACCUAGAACUUGGAUUGUGAGAGCUGGGAGCAACCUUAGAACCUAGAAUAUGAGAGCUGGGAGGAACCUAGAAUCCAGAUUGUGAGAGCUGGGAGCAACCUUAGAACCUAGAAUAUGAGAGCUGGGAGGAACCUAGAAACUAGAUUGUGAGCGCUAGGAGGGACCUUAGAACCUAGAAUAUGAGAGCUGGGAGGAAUCUAGAAACUAGAUUAUGAGCGCUAGGAGGGACCUUAGAACCUAGAAUAUGAGAGCUGGGAGGAACCUAGAAUCCAGAUUGUGAGAGCUGGGAGGAACCUUAGAACCUAGAAUAUGAGAGCUGGGAGGAACCUAGAAACUAGAUUAUGAUCGCUAGGAGGGACCUUAGAACCUAGAAUAUGAGAGCUGGGAGGAACCUAGAAUCCAGAUUGUGAGAGCUGGGAGGAACCUUAGAACCUAGAAUAUGAGAUCUGGGAGGAACCUUAGAACCUAUAAUGUGAGAGCUAGGAGGAACCUUAGAACCUAGAAUAUGAGAGCUGGGAGGAACCUAGAAUCCAGAUUGUGAGAGCUGGGAGGAACCUUAGAACCUAGAAUAUGAGAGCUGGGAGGAACCUAGAAACUAGAUUGUGAGCGCUAGGAGGGACCUUAGAACCUAGAAUAUGAGAGCUGGGAGGAACCUAGAAUCCAGAUUGUGAGAGCUGGGAGGAACCUUAGAACCUAGAAUAUGAGAGCUGGGAGGAACCUUAGAACCUAGAAUAUGAGAUCUGGGAGGAACCUAGAAACUAGAUUGUGAGAGCUGGGAGGAACCUUAGAACCUAGAAUAUGAGAGCUGGGAGGAACCUAGAAUCCAGAUUGUGAGAGCUGGGAGGAACCUUAGAACCUAGAAUAUGAGAGCUGGGAGGAACCUAGAAACUAGAUUAUGAUCGCUAGGAGGGACCUUAGAACCUAGAAUAUGAGAGCUGGGAGGAAUCUAGAAACUAGAUUAUGAGCGCUAGGAGGGACCUUAGAACCUAGAAUAUGAGAGCUGGGAGGAAUCUAGAAACUAGAUUAUGAGCGCUAGGAGGGACCUUAGAACCUAGAAUAUGAGAGCUGGGAGGAACCUAGAAUCCAGAUUGUGAGAGCUGGGAGGAACCUUAGAACCUAGAAUAUGAGAGCUGGGAGGAACCUUAGAACCUAGAAUAUGAGAUCUGGGAGGAACCUAGAAACUAGAUUGUGAGAGCUGGGAGGAACCUUAGAACCUAGAAUAUGAGAGCUGGGAGGAACCUAGAAUCCAGAUUGUGAGAGCUGGGAGGAACCUAGAAACUAGAUUGUGAGAGCUGGGAAGAACCCAGAACCUAGAUAGUGCAAUUUGGGGGGCCUUAGAACAUAGCAUGUGAGAGCUUGAUGAAACCUUAAAGACUGUCUAAAGCAGGAUUUUAUGCAUAACCUGGAGUCCAUGAACUUGUUUUUGUUUUUGUAAUAAUUUGAUAAUUGCCUUUCGAUUUGUUGGCCUAAGUGGAUGCCAUGAUCUUAUUUUGUGUUUAAAAACAUUCUGAGAAGGCAUCCACAGGUUUUAUCAGACAGGGGUCCAUGCUACAGAGAAAAUGAAGAUCUCCUGGAUGAAUACACUCAUGCCAUUUUCUUUUAUUAUCCUUUUUGAAGACAGGGUCGCCUUAACUUGACCAAGCUGGAAGGGCAGGGGCUACUCACGGGCCCCAUCUCACUCUACACUUUGCCCUGCUCCAUUUCUGGUCCGGAUUGGUUGCCCUUCUUUAGGCAUUGCCCCCACUCCCCUCCACCUCCCACCGCGGUCACAGUGAUUUUAGUUCCUUCUCUCAAUCAACUUUUAGCCUUGCUGCUAGCUCAGAACUGCUGAGCUCCAGAGAUCCCUCAGGCUUGUCCUCCCCCCUAGCUGGGAUUGUAGGUGUGUGUCAGGAGGCCUGACACCCAUUUUACAGCUAAGGAAACUCCUUAGAAAGGGGUAAUGACGUGCCCCAAGGCAUACACCUAUUUAGUAGCCGAAGGAGAGUCUCUGCCGGAACCCUUCAAUUUGAUGAAUCUUAGAGGUGGAAGGGUCUUCAGGGAGAUCUAGCCCAAGCCAUAUCAGAAAAGCCAGUCCCCCUCCAGGCUCCUCGGGGUUCCCCCUUGAGAAGGACCCCCCCCCCCCAGUGCCCAAUUCUUCACUAACUUAAAGGCUACGGAUUCCUCUUUGGGGCAACUUGAAUGGAGAGAUAAUUAAUUCUCCCUAAUAGUGGGUCAAACUCUGCCGGGCUGUAACUUUCAUCCCUGCCCUAAGUUAAUGGUGGCUGGCUUUUGAAAGUCUGCAAAGCACUUUCCUUAGGUUGAUUGCCCCCACCCCGUGAAAUCAGCCCUACAUACAUACAUACUACAUACAUUUUGUGAGAAGGAAAGUGAGGAUCAGAGAGGCUGAAUCUCUUGCCUGGGGUCACACAGCUGGCAGUUAGCAGAGGCAAGAUUCAAAGUAGGCUUCUCCCAACUCCAAGUGGAGGAUAUUUUCCACUAUACCACACUGACUCUCCAGUUCUGUCCUUUGACAAGACAAGUCAUCCUAACCACCAGCCCCCCACCCCAGUUUUCUUUUUUCUAGGCUAAAUCCCUCAGGUUCCUUUAGUUCACCCUCCUUUCACAUGGCAAUCUAGUCCUCUCAGCAUCUUGGUUGCCCUCCCAGAGACUGGAUACACACUUCUGCUUGAGAAUGUUCUUUAGAGCCCAGAACUGAACACAGUGCUCCUGAAUUGGACUGAAGAGAAUGGAAGAGGAAAGAGUAGAGAGUCAGGAGUAAGAGAUCCGAGUUCAAAUCCUACCUCUGUCAUUUACCGUGAAAGUGAUCUUGGUCACUACAUUCUCUGAGCCUCAGCUUUCCUCAUCUGAAAAAUAAGAGGAUUGAACUAGACCUCUAAGGACUUUUCUAGCCCGAAAGUUAUGAUCCUAUGAACUUCCUCAUUCUGGCUGCCCGAAUGUUUAUCAAGGCAACCUUAGAUCCAGUUGCCUGGGGUAAUGAACCUCAAACAGACCCGGAUUCAGAUUUUACAGCUCUCAGAGAUUAUUAGCUGUGUGACCUUGGGUAAGUCCCCUAAAUUCUCAGGACCCCCAGACAGCUCUCUGGAAAUACAAAUCAUACGGGAGUCGUUCCGCAAGGGCUUCCUGUGUCCAUUUUUAAAGUCCCAGUGAGCCUGUCUGACUGUCAUGGCGCACACAUUGUUGACUCAUGUCCAACUUGAGGUCCACAAAAGCCCUCAGAUCUGUUAGUUAUACACAUGCUAUUGACUACUUAACUGUUCCCCAUUCUGUCCCAUUGUCCCCUCCUGUUUUAAUAGUCUAUUCCAAAGUUCCAUCCAAUUCUUCCAUUGCAUAUUAUAACAAUCCACAGGUCAGAGACCUUUCUGCUGGAACAUUCGAGGGUCUAACCGCCCAGAUCGGGUCCUUAUUUCUCUUGGCGCACCCCAGACCCUCCCCCUCCCAGAACCAAGGGCCAGAAUGGGAGGAGGGGAGGAGGGACCAUGUGGGCUGGUAGGGGACAGGAACAGGGGGCAGUGGAUCCUUUGGGGAACAAAGGUGGAGAACAGAAGACAUGGGAGGGAGACUUGGAGGCUUGGAGGGAGACUGUGUGGCUUAGCCAUUACCCAGUGUGGUCCCUGGACAAGAUUUGCAGGGGGAAUCCUGCCCAUCACCAGUCUCAUUUAGCUACAUGAGUUUCCUCUCCUCUCUUUCACCCUCCCGGACCCCUCAGGGCUCACCUUGGAGUGCCAGGACUGAAGGUGACUACCUCUCCCCCUUCCCCUCUUUUUUUUCCCCCUUUGCUGAGACAAGAAUGAGCUCGGGGGGCCUCCUCCCUCCCUCCCCCCCACCUCCAACUCCUGUGGCAUAAGCCUUGUCUUAACAAACAAGAGAUGCCAGCAGCUCUGGCUCCUUCUUGGCUUCAAGUGAUGCCUGCAUUGUUUCCUGGGGAUAAUUUCAUUAUCCUCAGUGAAUGCACGUUGCUAAGCCAUGCAUAGCAACAUGGAGUGAGCUUCUCCCUGACUCCAGGAAGGUGCUGCCCUGCCCAACAGGGCCCAGCCCCCUGGGAGAGCCAGAGAAAGUAGCCCCAGGAGACCCCCUCCUCUCCCCACUUCAGGGAACAUCUGCUUCCCACCCUACCCUCAGGGAAACAGCCUUGUCUUCUACCCUAGGGCAAUAGCCCUUCUCCCUCAUCACCAAGAAACAGACCUUAAUCUUUUGCCCCCUGCUCCUCCUCCCCACUAGCAAGAGCCAGGGAAAGACCCUCCUACCACAGAGACUGCCAGUGAUAUGAUUCUUUCCUCCUGCUAAAAGCCCUGAGGUACUCUGGCCCUACUACCCCCAGGGGUGCCAAGCAAGCACACCCACCCCUCAAAGAACAUAUCCUCCUUCCACAUCACAAUGGUCAGCCUCCACCAAAAAAUCCUAGCCAACACAUCCACCCCUCACCCCUGCCACUCCAGAAUGAAGCCAGCUUCAUUACCCUCCUUACUCAGGGAUAGAGACCUCUCUAAAGGAGCCGUGCCCUUACCCCUUUCCAGCCAGUCAGCUAGCUUAAGUGUCUAUUAUGUGCCAAGCACUGUGCUAAGAACAGAAACAGCAGGCUUGCCCUUUCCCCCCCCCCAAAAUACUAGCUCCUCCUCCUCACCUAGUCCCUUCCCCUUCUCUCUCUACUCACCCCCUGGGGCAGAAUUUGAAGGAGCAGACUUGGGAAAUUCUGAGACCUUCAGGUAGGAACUGAAGCAUUAGAUGGCAGCUGGAGUAGGGAUGAGUGAGGGUCCCUUCGCCUCUCCUCCCUCUUUCCCUUUCUUGGUUCUCUCCUCCCCGUGGACCUAGAACAUCAGAGGGUAACCAAAGCCACCUUCAAAACCAGCCUUAAUUCCUCACCUGGUCUGUGCUUAGGUUUCUAGGGCCUAACAGAUCUUCAGCAAGGGUCAAGCGAAGGCCACAGAAAAUGUUGCCCAAUUAUACCAGUCACAGGCUGAGCCCUCAGACGUACAUCCUGGAAAUCAGCAGCCCACUCCAAACUGGGAAGAACUUGGCCAGCACACCAAGGACGUAGACCUUAUACACAGAAGGCCUUAAAUAAAUGUUUGUUGAACUGAAUUGUGAUGUUGAAUGGAAUAGAACCAGAGCCCUGGUUGGAGCAUGGGUCUCAUGGCUGGAUUCAUUCACCUUUCUGUGUGAUUUGGGUAGCUUCUCCCCUUUACAGUGGGUCCUAAGAGAACAUUUCUGAUUCCACACAAAAUGACAGGCUUUGGGGUUGGAAGGGACUUCAGAAGUCAUCUUGGGGUCCAACCUAUACUGGAGCAAGAAUCGCCAUAACUCGCCUGACAAGUGGUCAUGCAGCCUCAGCUUGAAGGUCUCCACUGAGGGGAAAAGCCUCUAUCUUCCAAGGUAGCCCAUUUGACCACUGGACAGAUCUUAGCGUAAGGAAACUUCUCCUGCCAUCAAGUCCCAAUUCCCCUCUGAAACUUAUUGCUCCGGUUCUGUCCCUUAGGGACAGUUCUUCAGAUAUUUGAAGGCAGCCAAAAUUUCCCUCUGAGUCUCCUCAUCCCUUUUCCUUUGAAAUGACCAUCCUAGAAUAGGAAUGAAUUCAAUCAAUGACUACCCAUUUGUAUGCCUAGUCUCUCAUCUCUACAGAAUCUUUCUUAGCAUCUUCUAUAUAUGAAUUGAGAGCAUCCUCAAUGAGAGAAUUACUAGGGAACAAGGGGGCUUUCACAAGUAACAUAUUCAACAAUGGCCCACACUUUGUCAUUGCACAAUUAACUGAAAGAUGCAGAGAAUAUAGGAUCCCAUUGUGCUGAUCCUUUGUUGAUAAUGAAAAACACACACACACAGUUGAUUUGGUAGAACAAAACACUUUCUUACUGGCUUUUUGAUAACAAAGUGUUUCCUCUCCAUGCAUCAAAAUCAUUCAAGAUUCCUUGGAAGACAUAACAAUAGAAAUAAUCCCCUUCAGUGACUCACUGAUAAUAAGCAUUAAGCAAAGCAUAAAACAUGGAGAUGUGUUCUCUCCAAAUAUUAUUCACCACCACAAUGGAGGAAAUCCAGAACAAGUCCAAGUAGAAAAGGGGAUUUCCUCAGGGUUGAUGAAGUUCUCUAAAUGCUCCUCUUUUAGAUGUCAUUGUUCUGAUUGCAUUGAGACUCAGAACUUUGCAGAAGCUCCUGGAGAGAAAUCUGUCAUCUUGGGAAAGAGUUUGACCUUCCAUCUAUACAAGAAAGACCAAGUGGAUGAAGAAUGUCUAGUGCCCAGAUUUAACAUAC